AUCGGAUGGCACUACGUUGGAGAACCAUGGCGGUGAAACAAAUGACAUGGUUGGGGAAUCUGGGGAUCUAAAUUACACACAGCAGAAGAACCGGCGCCCGUAGACAGUGAGAUAUCCGUGAAGAUGUGCGCGGGGAUUCGAGACAAUGUAUCAGAGUGACUGUGAAGGGCUAAUUUCCACUCUCCAAUUGAGGAUUACAGGACCACGGACCUAAAAAUACAGUUUUAAAGUACGUUUUUAAAGUCAUUGAAAAUGAUCAAGGGUGAACGCACCCUGCGGAGCGCGUCCCCGCAUAGAAAUGCUUACAAGUCGGACUUCCACGCCAUUAAGUGCACUUUUGAUGGGACCAAAUCCGACAGCGAGGCCAAAUCUUAUGCUAAUGGAGCCAGCGACCCCCGAGAGGACACCAGGGGGAGGCCGUUUGGCAACCGGAUAAACAAAAUCAAGAACAUUUUCUUGCAAAUGGAUGGCCAGCAAUCGCUUGAGAGUCAGGAGAAUAAAGCAGAUGCAUCAUCUCCCGUGUCCCCAGUGUCCAAGUUCCCAGUCAGCACCAGCAAAACCUCCCUCAGCACUGCCAACAACCAAGAGCCGCAAAACACAGACAGAACUCCAAAGGGAGAAGAAGGCGAGAUAGAUAAAGUCGCACUGGCGCAGAAAUUUUCAGUGACCAGGAAGCUCUUUGAAAGAGGGAUAAAAGAGCAGCCCGUCGCGGAGAGAAGGACCUCAGUCACCCGGAGGUCCUUCGGAUCUUCUGAAAACAACAGCAACAGUAGCGUCAGCAAAAGCCCAACGUCACCUGGGAGUAGCGCCGCAGAGGAAAAGAAGGACGUCGAGGACUCGAAACAGGUCAAUAGGCUAUCGCUGAAUGCGGGACCUAUUUCCAGGCGGUUGGAGAACUUCAUUGUGGACGGUGAUAAUGAAGUUUCCGCUAAAAGCCCAGAGAAACUGAGCAGCGCCUCUGAGCAGUCGCUACGAGGGAGAUCCCAGAAACCCACUUCCACAGUUACUGAUCAAGUACACGAACCCACAUCCCCAAACCCUGACGCAUCACCCAAAUCAUUCCCGCUUAAAACAGAACCAGUAGCCGGUAGCCCUCCGUUCAAGUCCAUCAGCCCGGUUUCAUACAAACCGACCGGCAGGAGCACCGGCGAGCCUCUUUCGCCCACGGCUCACGGCCCAUUUAAACGAUCUCUGUCUUCUGGAAGUGACUCCGGCCUCUAUAAACGGCCUUGGAGUCCUGAGGAACCAAAAAGUGAGAACCACAUAAUUCCCAGUCCGUCUCGUGAGCCGACCGCCACACAAUGCCUGGACCCGACUGGUGCGGGAGUGGUGCGGGCCGAGCUGGUAGUGGUCCAGAACGAGUCUUCAGAAAGCGAGGAGAACGACGAAGACUUUUUGGAGGAUGCCAUGUCAGAGAUGAAGCUACAAAGGGAGUCUCCAAAAGCAGAUCUGAAGGUGUCAUCACCUCAAAACCAUGCUGAGGACAAACGGCUGGAGAAGGAUGUAUGUGUAUCAUCAGAGCUGGAGAAUGAGGAACCGAAUCGAGAAGAAGAAGAGGAGGAGGAGGAGGAGGAGGAGGAGAUCAUACAAAAGAGGAAUAGCUGUUAUGAAGAUGACGACGAGGAGAGCGAGCAGGAAGAUCCGGACGAAUGUGGGAAAUCUUCUCCGGUGUUUUAUAGUUUUGAGAAUGCUGCGUUUUUGGAUGAUAAGGAAGGGGAAUCGGUUCAGGACCAGCAGGAUGAGGAUGAAGAUGAGGUCUAUCGGGAGUAUGAUGAUGCUCCCGGUUUGUCUGAGGAUGAGGAACCGUCUCCAAGAAGGAAAAUCAGAUUCUCCACCGAGCCGAUACGGGUGUACAGCACGUUCUCCAAUGAAGACUACGAUCGGAGGAAUGACGAUGUGGAUCCUGUGGCGGCGUCUGCGGAGUACGAGCUGGAGAAACGGGUGGAGAAGAUGGACGUGUUUCCCGUGGAGAUAGAGAAAGGUGAUAAAGGCCUGGGGAUCAGUAUCAUAGGGAUGGGUGUUGGGGCAGACCAGGGUCUGGAGAAACUGGGCAUCUUCGUCAAGACCAUCACGCAGGAUGGAGCCGCAGAGAGAGAUGGGAGGAUCCAGGUGAAUGAUCAGAUUGUGGAGGUGGACGGCAUCAGUCUGGUUGGUGUGACGCAACACUUUGCUGCGACCGUCCUCAAGAACACGAAGGGAACGGUCAGGUUUCUGAUUGGCCGAGAGAAGCCAGGCGCUCAGAGUGAGGUGGCGCGUCUGAUCAGCGAGACCCUGGAGCAGGAGCGCCAGCAGCAGCAGGUGGACGAGGCGUACGAGCAGUCGACUGAAGAGGACGAGCACUACGAGGAUGAGGAGGAAGGGGGGGAGGACGUCAUCCUGGGAUCUAGUUUCGGCAGGAGGAACGUGGAAGUGUACGAGCUACCAGAGAGCGAAGAAGUGUUCCUGCCAUCAAACAUGGACACCACUCAACUAAUGUUCAGAUUUAAAGAGCUCCAGAUUAAACACAGCAUCGCUGAGGCGGAAUUAGAUGAACUGAAAGAGACGUUGAGGGAUUCGUCGGAGGAGCGCGCGGCGUGGGAAGCGAGGGAAGCUCAGUUAGAGAGGAGCGUUCAGGAGAACUCUGAGAGAAUCGUUCAGAUGGAGAAGAACUGGCUGGAGGCUCAAGCUCUCUGCAAAAGCAUCAACGAACAGCUCAAUGACACGCAGGGCCAAUAUGAAGCUCUGGAUAAAAAAUACAGCAAAGCCAAGAAGCUGCUCAAGGACUAUCAGCAGAAAGAGGCGGAGUUUGAGCAGAAGGAGGAGGAGUUAAGGAGAACUCUGGAGGAGAGAGAGGCUUCUUAUAAAACUCAGAUAGAGGAUCUGCAGCAGAGGUUGGCCAAGCUUGAAUCUGGCGGUGGUCAUCAUGAGUCUUCACUGUCGGGCAGUAAGUCUGCAGAUUCACUUCUUUUGGGAGCGGACUGGAGCGAGGUGGUUCCCGAGACGGAGCGUUUGGACACCAGCGCCCAUCGUGCAAGGGCCCAUCCGGCUCAGAGGUCCAAACGCCAGCCCCCGUCCCGAAGCAAACUGAAAGAGAUGCUCAGCUCUCCGACGGGACCAGCACAGGGUGAGGAUGAGAGCGAGUCUUUGAGUCCAGACUCCCCACCGACCCGUAGGAGAUCCAUCCAGGAGAGUUUGUCCCUGCCGGUGGCCAUAUCUUCCCCUGCAAACCACCCGAAGGAUGAAGCAUCUGUUACGAGCAGCAGCCAAUCAGUGCAGAGGGAUCCACAGGGCCCCGCCCUCUCGCCCCCCAAAGACUCCUCCCCCUCCAGCUUCCUGAGGAACGUGAAGAAGAGAGAGUCCAAAGGCAAAGGCAAAGAGGUCAAAGACGAGUCUAAUGAUGCAGCGGGAAAAACCAAAAGAAGAUUUCCAGAUUUUGGUGGUUUAAGGAAAUCUGGAGGAAAGGGGAAAAAAACGAACAAAGAAUCUAAAAGGGCAUCACUGGACAGCAGGGGUUCAGCAGAGUUACUGGAGGAGUCGGGAACGCGAGUCUCUCCGUCGGAGUCCAUGACCUCCAUCCCCACCUGCAUGCCCUUCUCCUGGUUCGGAGAGAAGGACAAAGAGCGAGACCGAGAGCCGUCGUCCUCCACCAGCAGUCUCCCAUACACCACUGCAGACGCCAGCGAACACACACACAACUCCAAGAACAAGACAAACCUCUCCUGGUCUUCUCUGUUCAGUCGCUCCUUAGAUUUGAGUUUGUCAGUGCUAGAUGAUUCGAACCAUAGCAGUCCUGCUCCAGAUUUGUCUGGGCUGGUGGUGGAGCCCAACCUGUCGGGCCGCUCACACACUUUAACCUUCUCCUCCAGCGAGAUGCUGGAUGAGGAGCCUUGCUCUGGAGGGAAGGAAUAUCACUGGCAGACCCGUCCGGUCUCUGAUUGGACGUCCCAGCAGGUGUGUCACUGGCUGAUGGGUAUGAACAUGGAUCAGUACACACCUGAGUUCAGCACACAGGCCAUCGAUGGACAGCAGCUCCUGAACCUGGACAGUGACCGACUCAAGGCACUGGGUGUGUCCAGUCAGAAUGACCGUGCCAUCAUCAAGAAGAAGCUGAAGGAGAUGAAGAAAGCGCAGGAGAAGAUGGAGAAACAGCGGGAAAAGCGUGAGAAAGAGGCCAGACGGAGCGGACGCCUGCCCGCCAGCACCGACUCGCUCUGCUGAAGAUCAUUCGUCUCCUUUCAUUCCUGUCCGGCAGACUGGGACCACUUCCUUCAACACACACACACACACACGAGUCACUACAGAGAAUAUCCUCACAUAUACGGUCAGUAAUAGUGCUGAAACACUAAUGAAGCUGCUUAUGAGAACAUCUUCACACACAGAAUAUACAUGUUCAUCUAGAGAUAGUGAUUUUAAUAAGACGAGCGUUUACAGACUCUACGUUUUUGGGCCUGUUGCCUUCACUGUUAAAACACGAUUUGUUUCUUAAACAGUAUUUUUUUGCCAUUAAAAAUCCAACCCUCCUAAAGCAGGAUAAGACGCAAACUGAAUUUGUUUAAAUUGCCAGUGAAGAAAAAUACAUUUAAUUGAUAUUCUGUGAAAAUAUUUAAAAAAAAAUUUUUUCCAGAGAAUAUGAAAUCAAGACAAAAUACUGAUUAAGAAAAUGAUUUUUUUUGCCGAGAUUUUCCUAUUAGACGAGGUUGUGAGAGAAUGAAUAUGGCUGUGACCGGUGUAUAGCUGACCAAAACUUUAAUUAGUUUUAAUUGUAUUUUAUGAAACCACUGUAGGGGCUAUAAAAACACUCACUUAAGGGAUAUAUAAAUAUUUAGAUGCCUAUUUUCACAUCGUGGCUCAAAUAGUGCUUUUAAAAAGAUUUCAUGUUGUAUUUUUAGUACUUUUUGCUUGAACCUUGUACAGUCGAGUGAUAUUGAGCACUAUAUUUUUUACUAUAACAAAGGGGAACAUGGUUUAUAAAUGUACAAAUGAAAUAUUUUAUACACGACUAUUAGCAUAGCUUUAAGGAAAAUGCAUUAACUUUUGUACACAUUUUCUACUAAGUAGAAUAGCUUGUUGGUUAAAACCAUUUUGCUAAUUCUGAAAAGCAGAGAGUGAAACUCAGUUUGCACAUUGUUUUUAUUUGGACGGUUACUGCUUUUUACGUUACGGAUGUGGUGCAAAAAUACUUCAUUGUUACAAAAUAUAGCAUUGUUUUAUUAGUCACCAUCACCCAGAUUUCAUUUCACUAAUAACAAAGGAUGUAAUGAAUACUGGAUUAUCUUGCCACCUGUGCUCAUGUCAUCAUGAUUCUGUGUCCUGUGGUUAUAUUUUUCUACCUUGUAAAAUAGAUGAUUUUGGACACAAAGUCUGUAAGACAAAAUCAAGCUUUCUAUCUGGUACAAAGUGCAUACGCUGCAAAAUAAACGCUUUCAC